GCCGCAUACCCACCCAUAACUGCAUAGACGUCGAUAGAGCUACUGAAGUACACAUCCAUGCUCAAUCAUGAAUAUAGGAGAGGGGCUUCAGAGCGCUUCUUCUGGUGGCGGCCGUAUACGCUCGACAACCCGGUAUCCGCAAAAGCCACAUGGAAGAAAACCAACUUGCGUAAUGAGACGAAGAGGGCCUGCCGAGUUGUGUCUUUGUAGUAAAUUACACUACGUGUCACAUAACGUAGUCGUCACCGUGAUCGUGAACACUAUGACGCUCUUCCGCUAGAGACAACUACACAGAGUCUGCGUCAGAAGAUCAUAUCAUCUAUACUUAUAAGAGCUUCCGGGUUCCUUAGACACCCUGAGAAAGACCGGCAAAAGUACCGAUAUACUCAUGCUCCUCAAAAUUUCAGCCAUGCAAGACUGUUCGCGCCUAUCAACAAGAGCAAAACCAUAUAACUCUAUAAAGUCCGAUGAAGAUCUACCUCUUGUCAAUCACCUCAUCACAACUUUCCUCAAAGUCUGUGCCCCCAAGAGCAAAAAAGGAAAACUCUGUCAAACUCUGCCAAAAUCAAGUACACCAAACUACCCACGCAUUCCAUCGACAUGCCGGAAAGGGUCCUGCCAUACAUCCAACCUAUGCUCCCGCAUACUUCCAGUUCUCACCACCACCACACCAAAAAGCCAAGCCCUCGCGGCCCGUCGUCUCGGCAAAAGACAAAAGGUGGGUGGGUGUCCCUGCAUCUACUCCAGACCGGGCACCGCUCAACCGAUUCAACUGGCUGGACUUGCCGCCUCCUCUCUUCUGUUUGGCUUCCAAGCCCUUACAUCUGAUCCCCAGUCCAUACAUCCCCCAUCCCUCGGCCAAAAAAGGCAAAAGCUUCCAGCGUCAAAGCAAAGCAUCCAAGGACGCGGUCCUGGUGCGUGGCGCGGCGCGGCGCAGGGUCCCUUGGUUCAUCUCCUCAGCUGUAAAUUGUGAACCUACCACCACGACCACCCCCCAAAUAUCGUCUUUGGAUGUGUCUGUGGCUGCCUCAAAGGCAUGUGGUGAUGCUGACACCCUGCAGGGCCCGCACAUGCUUCAUGGCCACAGUAAAAGAAAAAGGGCAUUGACGCCAAAGUACCCAAAUGGAAAAACCACCCAAUAGAAGUAGAAAAGUGAAAAGAAUAGUAGAAAGAGAAAGCCACCAAAACAUGUACCGCAGAGCCAAAGGUCCACGACGCUAAUGCCGAACUCAGGUAAGUCAACACAGGAGUAGCGGCCCGUUGAAAUUUACCUCACUUUACUUUC